CCCAAAUUCUCAAGUUCCCAAAAAAGAACUACAAAAACUCAAAAACCAUCACUCACAUAUUUCUUAACAAUUCCCCACCUUGCUAUUACAGCAUUACAGUACAACAAUCUGAAAUGAACAUCCUUCCUCAAAACGCACAGACAUUUUAAACACUUCCAUUUACAAUGGAAGUCGCACCAUCAAACGUCUUCCACGAAACGACAAAAAGGUCCCAUGGCGCGGUACGAUUCAACUAACCGAACAAAAUCGGUCAACGAACGGACAGUUAAGGGUAAAGAAAGAAAAGAUCGUGCCUUUUCAGACGAGUGUAGCCUCAUUAGAGAGACUGAUCCGGUUUUUCUUUCUUUUUGCCGAGAAUUCUGUCCGUUUGGAGGCCAGCUCAUCCCGUGAACCGACGAGACGGCCAGAGAAACGACUGGAGUGGGGCUGAACGCGCGAUAAAAGCUGACAGAGCUGUCCACACAAUUUCGAGUGAUUAGUACUUCAUGCUUGCUCGGUCAGUGGUUAACUCUCCAAUAUUUCCGAUUAAAUACUUCGAAUUUCUUUUGUUCGGCGAAAUAACCUUUCUUCGCUUUUCGCCAUUUUGAAGACAGACAAAACAAAGUAAUUACUUCGGUGAACCUCUGAGAGUUAAAGUUUGUGUAACAAGAUCAAGGACACAGAAGGAGAGACAAAUAUGGCGUAAAGGAGAAGUAGGUUCGACAAGCUUUUUAUUUUGCAACGGAAGAUGGCCUUUCGUCGAUGCAGUUCCAUCGUGUUAUCGUCAUUUGCGUCAAUUGACUUUUUCUAACAUCUCCCCGUUGCUCGGGUAAUCGAUACGCUUGGAUCGAAAUCGAAUCGGGUGAUCAUUCGACGAAGACAUCGCUGGAGAAACUGCACGUAGGACAGUGACACGCUUUGUUACAGUUUUAAGAUAUAAAAUAUAAUUGUGAGGCAGUUGUGUUUGGGAGUUCAUUUUAGAAAAUUAAGUAACAGUUAAUAGUUUAUUAAUUAUUAUCAGGGAACAGUUUAUACAUUGUUAUAAAUACAGUUUGUUUGUUUAAAAAUGUGAAUGAUCAGUGAGGAAGAUUUGAAAGUUGUGAACUUUUUAAUGGCAAGUUGAUCAUGAAGAAGAGGAAAAUCAGUGUGAAAGAAUUAACCAAAAAUGUGUUAAAACUAAAUUAAAAACGUUGUAUACCAGUGUAUAUUUAAGUGCAGUGAUUUAAGAACCAUCGACAACUUGUUUAUUGAAUUGUGAUUAAGGUGUUUAUUCAUCCCGCAAAAUGUUUGUCAACGAGACAAUGCUGAUACUUGCGUACACCGCAAAUAUGAUGGCAACGCUACCCGAGAAAGUUGGGUCUCAAGCUAUUGAUACCAAUAUUGAGAAACAAAACGUGACUACCACCACGUUGUCGCCGGAGGAGAAGGAAAAUCAGUUCGAUUUGCAAGAUCAAUGGUACAUGUGGCGAUGUUUCGAACCAUACGGUUGCUUCUACAUCGGUGCGCCAUGGUCAGGAGAAAAUAGACCCGUGUCCACGUUUCCGGCACGACCGGAUUCCAUAAAUCCUCGAUACGUGCUUUACACGCGCGGUCACACGGAACCUCAAGAAUUGAAGAUCGAUAAAUACGAAACUAUCCAGCAGUCGCCAUUCCGGAAGAAGGCUAAUCUGUAUCUCAUCAUUCAUGGCUUCCUUGACAAUGGCGAUAAAACUUGGGUGAUGAGAACAAUGAAAGAGCUGCUCUUACGAGAAGACUGCAACGUGGUGGUCGUAAAUUGGAUCGGUGGAGCAGGUCCACCGUACACGCAGGCUGUCGCCAACACCAGACUCGUUGGCGCCAUGACAGCACGUUUAGCUUAUCAAUUAAUAGAAGUCGGAAGAAUUGAUCCAGCAAAGAUGCACUGCAUAGGACACAGCCUUGGUGCCCACACCUGUGGAUACGUUGGAUACACGUUGAGGCAGAGAUAUGAUUACAAGCUUGGGCGUAUCACUGGCCUCGAUCCUGCCGAGCCUCAUUUCAGCAACACUUCCACCAUGGUCCGACUCGAUCCAACGGACGCAACGUUCGUCACGGCGAUUCACACCGAUUGCAAUCCUUUUAUCAGCGGUGGCCUCGGUAUCACACAACCUGUCGCGCAUAUCGAUUUCUAUCCAAACGGCGGCCGCAAUCAGCCCGGUUGCAACGAGGGUGUUCUCAAUUCCAUCACCUUGGAACGUGGGAGUUUCUUUCGUGGGAUCAAAAGGUUCCUCGGAUGCAACCACAUACGCAGUUACGAGUACUUCAUAGAAAGUAUCAACACGAAUUGUCCUUUCCUGGCGGUUCCAUGCUCCUCGUGGGAUAAAUUUGAGGAAGGAAGCUGUUUCGAUUGCGUGAAUCAGUAUUGUCCCAGAUUUGGAUUGGACGCUCAGCCUGGGAACUAUCAUGCUUCCGUCUACUUGCUUACUGGAUCAUCCAAACCAUUCUGCAAGGGCCACUACAAGGUGACAAUCAACAUAUCAAAGACAGACGAGAGCGUGAAUCACGGUGGAGAGGUAGGCACCUUCGUGAUCCGCAUCUUCGGCGAAAAGGAUAAGAAGUCCGAAAGAAUCCAUCUGAGUCCGCACUCGAAGUACUAUGAACCCGGGAGCACCCACACUGUGGUACUAGCCGGUGACGUUGUUGGUAAACCAGAAGCUAUCGAGAUCUCCUGGGAGUAUCAGGCUUCCGUUUUCAAUCCCCUCACUUGGAGACUGCUGCACACUCCUCGGGUUUACAUUGACUCGUUGACUAUUUACAGUUUGGAGUCCUCUCAUGGAAUAACUGUCUGUCCUGACGCAACGAAAACACUGAUCGCCAACGAGCCAAAGAUUUUGACCAUGAAGAACUGUCGGAACGCUGAAUCUAACCUGGUCUCUGCUUAAGUGACGACUUAACAUUCUUCCUUGUUGAAAAGCACCAUCCACAACCAACGAAAAGUUACUGUUUUUAUGCUCUCAAAUAUUAAUAAAGACCAAAUUUUCUACUGUA